AUGACUACAAAAAUAAAUAAAGAUAAAGACCGAAAAUCGACCAUGCAAUUUAAAAGACAACGUAUUCAAAAGCACUUGAGCAGCUCUGCCCAAACUGCCAGAAAAGAAGCAAAGGAGGGUACAACCUACCAAACUGGGGUUGGAUUAAAUCUAAACACUGACACAAACUCGACUAAGACGAAUUUGGGAAAGGGCAUACCAGAGCCAGAAAUUCAAGUGAAUGAUGAAGCAAUGUCGUCAGAACAAUUUAAAGAAAUUGAGAACAUUGUGCCCCCUUAUACCCCUAGACCACAAGUAAAAAAAAUCCAAUUUGACGAGAACCAUUACUACAACUUUUUGGUAUUUGACACAGAAACAAAUUCAACUGGUAAGCUUGCCGAAAUAUGUCAAUUUAUCAGUAUGUGACAUGUCUGGUUCACAUAUGUUUUCAGAAUAUGUACUGCCAACACAUGACAUCGAUUUUUAUGCUUCAAGAGUAAAUAAUCUUGAAAUAAGAACUAUCGAAGGGGUACGAAAACUCUUUAAAAAUGAAAUAUCAUUACCUUCCAUACCUUUUUGCGAAGCCCUAACCAAACUCGAGAGAUAUAUAUCACUGUCGAUUGACCGAGCAAAAGCCACGUCAAAGAAACCCAUCGUUACUGUACUUAUUGGACACAAUGUCGCCACUUUCGAUACACCAAUACUUUUGUGAAACGCUGGGGGAAAGUUUUGUACAUAAUUUACAGUUUAUGGACUUUUGGUUUGCUGAUUCCCUGACAUUAUUCAAACAGCUUGUUAAAUGUCAAUGUCCACAGUUAAAGAAUGCAGACGGUACAUUCCCAAAAGCAAAUCAAUCGUCUCUUUACGAGGCUUUGUUUGAAGAAUCAUUCAAUGAGCACAACUCCUUAGAAGAUGUCCUUGCUCUUCAAAAAAUUUUAUUUUCAUCCAAGCUUUUGAACUGUCAACAAGGACGAUAGUUGAUCAUUCGCAACUUGUAACAACAAACCACGCUGUCAAGGACAUGGAAUAUCUUGAUCGUCGCUACCAAAAUAUGCAAACCUUCAACGAAAUCAUGUUUAAUCCACACACAAAUAACAGCUUUUUGACGAAGAAUAUAGCUGAGAAAAUUGCAGGUGCUAGUUUGACAUACAAGGAUCUGAAUGAAGUUUAUAUUAAGUACGGCAAAGAUUGA